UUAUUUUCUUCCUCCAAGCUUCAGGUGGAGAUUCUGCAAUGAGUUGCUGGGAGAAGGUGGAGGAGGGAACUCCUCCCUCUAAAACCUGCAGAGAGACUGAAGCUCACAGUGUGGAGCAGCACCAGAAUUUGUUAUUUGCUGAACAGGAAUCCAGUUGUCACUCCAUUACCCGAUCCUUGGAUCCACCAUUAAAUUUCACAGGACAAUUUCCUUCAGAGACUCAUGUGGAGCAAAACCAGAGUUUGCUCUAUGCUGAACAUGAAUCCAGUUGUCACUCCAUUACCCGAUCUUUGGAUCCACCAUUAAAUUUCACAAGACAAUCUCCCUCAGAGACUCAAGAUCUGCUGCAGUGGUCAGACGUUCUCUGGGAUGAGUCCAUGCAGCAGCAUCCAAAAGACCUGGAAUCCAUAUUUAAGCAUCUUGAGGAGAACAUUUUCAUGUUUGAGAAGAAUGAGCUGAAGAAGUUCCAGAAGUUUCUGAGUCUAGAUUACACAGAGCGGUCAGAGUUUGAGGAGGUGGUGGAAGAUGAGGGGAGAAAGAACAUCAGUGAAGCAUUUCUGAAGAUCACACAACACUUUCUAAGGAAAAUGAAGCAGGAGGAGCUGGCUGACUGUUUGCAGAGCAGAACUUCUCCUGCAGCUUGUCAACGUCAGCUCAAGUCUAAUCUGAAGAAAAAGUUUGUGUUCGAAGGAUUUCCUAAAGCAGGAAACCCAGUCUGUCUAAAUCAGAUCUACACAGAGCUCUACAUCACAGAGGGAGAGACUGGAGAGGUCCAGUGGAAACAUGAGGUCAGACAGAUUGAAACAGCAUCCUGGAAACCAGAAAGACCAGAUACAAGGAUCAGACAUGAAGACAUCUUUAAAACUUCACCUCGAGGAGACAAACCAAUCAGGACAGUGAUGACAAAGGGAGUGGCUGGCAUUGGGAAAACMGUCUUAACACAGAAGUUCACUCUGGACUGGGCUGAGGGCAAAGCCAACCAGGACACACAGUUCACAUUUCCAUUUACUUUCAGAGAGCUGAAUGUGCUGAAAGAGAGAAAGUACAGCUUGGUGGAGCUCGUCCAUGACUUCUUCACUGAGACCAAAGAAGCAGGAAUCCGGCGGUUUGAAGAGUUCCAGGUCGUCUUCAUCYUCGACGGUCUGGACGAGUGUCGACUUCCUCUGGACUUCCACAACACCGAGAUCCUGACCGACGUUACAGCGUCCAGCUCAGUGGACGUGCUGCUGACAAACCUCAUCAGGGGGAAACUGCUGCCCUCCGCUCGCCUCUGGAUAACCACACGACCUGCAGCAGCCAAUCAGAUCCCUCCUGAGUGCGUGGACCGGGUGACAGAGGUCAGAGGCUUCACUGACCCACAGAAGGAGGAGUACUUCAGGAAGAGGUUCAGAGAUGAAGAACAGGCCAACGCGAUCAUCUCUCACAUCCAGASRUCACGAAGCCUCCACAUCAUGUGCCACAUCCCAGUCUUCUGCUGGAUCACUGCUACAGUUCUGGAGGACGUGUUGAAGACCAGAGAGGGAGGAGAGCUGCCCAACACCCUGACGGAGAUGUACAUCYACUUCCUGGUGGUUCAAUCCAAACAGAAGAAUCUCAAGUAUUGUGGAAGAGCUGAACAAGAUCCACAUUGGAAUGCAGGAAGUAAAAAGAUAAUUAAGUCUCUGGGAAAAUUGGCUUUUGAGCAGCUGAAGAAAGGACAUCUAAUUUUCUAUGAAUCCGACCUGACAGAGUGUGACAUUGAUAUCAGAGCAGCCUCAGUUUACUCAGGAGUGUUCACACAGAUCUUUAAAGAGGAGAGAGGCCUGUACAAGGAAACAGUGUUCUGCUUCGUCCAUCUGAGCGUUCAAGAGUUUCUAGCUGCUCUUUAUGUCUAUCAGACCUUGACCAACUCUGGUGUCGAUCUCCUGUCAACCCCUCACUUGCAUGAAAAAUCAAAAAAUAAAGUGACACUAACACAUCUCUACUUGAGUGCUGUGGACAAGGCCUUACAAAGUCCUAAUGGACAUCUGGACUUGUUCCUCCGCUUCCUCCUGGGUCUUUCCCUGCAGACCAAUCAAAGUCUUCUACGAGGCCUGCUGUCACAGGGAAGAGGAAGCUCACAGACCAAUCAGGAAACAGUCCACUAUAUCAAGAAGAAGAUCAGUGAGAAUCUGUCUCCAGAGAAAAACAUCAACCUGUUCCACUGUCUGAAUGAACUGCAGGAUCAUUCUCUAGUGGAGGAGAUCCAACAGUCCCUGAGAUUAGAACGUCUCUCCACAGAGAAAUUGUCUCCUACUCAGUGGUCAGCUCUGGUCUUCAUUUUACUGUCAUCAAGAAAGGAUCUGGAUGUGUUUGACCUGAAGAAAUACUCAUUUUCAAAUAAGGCUCUUCUGAGGCUGCUGCCAGUGGUCAAAGUCUCCAACAAAGCUCAGUUGAGUGGAUGUAAACUCUCACAGCAAAGUUGUGAGGCUUUGUCCUCAGUUCUCAGCUCUCAGUCCUCCAGUCUGACGGAUCUGGACCUGAGUAACAACGAGCUGCAAGAUUUAGGAGUGAAGCUGCUGUCGGCUGGACUGAGGAGUUCAGACUGUAAACUGGAGACUCUCAGGUUGAAUCAAACCGGUGUCACAAAGAAUUGUUGCACGGACUUGUCCUCAGUCAUCAGCUCUCAGUCCUCCAGUCUGACAAAUCUGGACCUGAGUAACAACAACCUGCAGGAUUCUGGAGUGAACCUGCUGUCGGCUGGACUGAGGACUCUACACUGUAAACUGGAGACUCUCAGGUUAAGUGGAUGUAAACUCUCACAGAGAAGCUGUGAAGCUCUGUCCUCAGUUCUCAGCUCUCAGUCCUCCAGUCUGACAAAUCUGGACCUGAGUAACAACGACCUGCAGGAUUCAGGAGUGAACCUCCUGUCGGCUGGACUGAGGAGUCCACACUGCAAACUUGAGACACUCAGGUUGAGUCGAACCAUGUUGACGGAGGAAUGCUGUGAAGCUCUGUCCUCAGUCAUCAGCUCUCAGUCCUCCAGUCUGACAGAUCUGGACCUGAGUAACAACGACCUGCAGGAUUCCGGAGUGAACCUCUUGUCGGUUGGACUGAGGAGUCCAGACUGCAAACUGGUGACUGUCAGGCUCUCAGGAUGUAUGGUCACAGAGGCAGGUUGUGUCUUUCUGGUCUCAGCUCUCACCUCUAACCCGUCUCACCUGAAGGAUCUGGACCUGAUGUACAAUCAUCCAGGAGCCUCAGUGGAGUGGCUGUCUGCUGGACUGGACACUGUUAGGCUGGAAUGUGGUGGAGAGCAGAGGAUGAAACCUGGUCUGAGGAAAUACGCCUUUGAUCUUACUCUCGACACAAACACAGUUCACAGAAAACUCAAAGUGUCUGACGACAACAGGAUGAUGACGUCAGUGAUGGAGGAGCAGUUGUAUCCUGAUCACCCGGAGAGAUUUGACUCGUGGCCUCAGCUGCUGUGUAACAAUGCUCUGACUGGUCGGUGUUACUGGGAGGUGGAGUGGAAGGGCAGAGUAAACAUUGCAGUUACCUACAGAGGGAUAAAAAGGAAAGGGGAAGGAAGCAACUCCUGGUUUGGACGAAACUACCAGUCCUGGAGUCUGAUCUGCUCCGAUGUCGACGGUUACUCUGUGUGGCACGAUCAGAGACGACAGGUCUGUCGUUACCCAUCCUCGUCCUCCAUCUCUCACAGAGUUGCAGUGUAUGUGGACUAUCCCACUGGAACUCUUUCCUUCUACAGCGUCUCCUCUGAGAAUUUGAUCCACCUCCACACCUACAACAUCACGUUCACCGAACCGGUCUACCCCGGGUUUGGGUUUGCGUACCAAUGGCCGGGUUCAUCAGUGUCCCUAUGUUCACUGUAGGAUGCUUCUCAUAAACAUAAUACACAAAAACACAUAAAAUUCUUCUCACAGCCAUUCCCCCACUUCUAUAAACAAGUGAGUGGUUUUAAUUUUAUAUGAUUAUAAUCAAUUUAUUUCUCAUAAAGAUGACGUUUAAAUACUUUAGUUUUUUAUAAACUGUAAAUAAACUGGAUGACAUGACAGCUCCCAAAAGUGGAGCCAAAUCAUCUUGAAUGCCUGUCUUCCUCCAUGUUAGCAGAUGGAACAUAGACCUAAACACUCAAAGUAGACGUUAAAUAAAUGUUUGUCAAAGAUGUUUUUGUGUUUUCAGGUCCUUCUCAUCUCUCUGAUGUUUGUUCAAGUGUUUUUGAUCAGUUUGGUUUAAUUAGUUAUUUGAUGACUCUGACUGCAAAUUACAUCAUCAUCAUCAUGAAAUGGCAGCCUUUGUAUGCAAGAUAUUUUGCCUUAAUCCUGGAGGAAAUGGAGGCAUGUUGUCAUCUUUAUGUAUAUAAUGUAAAAUUGCAGUUAAAAAUAUAAAUAAAUAAGAAAAUA